GGGGUUAAUACCAGAGAAGCCAUUCUUGAUGGGUGAGACACUAAGGGUGGGUACACAUCUAGACAUCGAAUCAGAGAUAAAUCUUAUUAAAGAGGCCAGAAGAGAACUAAGGGCCAACUGUUCCACAGAGAAAGCUGAGAAGAAAACAAUGAAAGAGCUUGGCCUCAAGAGGUCAGACACACACAAAUAAGCAGAAAACCAAAAUCGGCAACAUACUUAUUCAUGUGCAAUCAUUUUUUCCACUGAUACAUUUGCUAUAUGUUUUUAUGCUCAAAUGGAUGAAGGGCACGACACUUUGGGUGGCCAAACACCUAUGUCUUCACAAAGGCAAUGGGGGAGAUGAUUAUGGGACACCUGCGGGGGCGCUUUCUGGUGGUCAUCAUCCGCCCGAGCAUCAUAACGAGUACACUCAAGGAGCCAUUUCCUGGAUGGAUGGAAGGAAUCAGAACAAUUGACUCGGUGAUGAUCGGCUAUGCCAAGCAGAUCUUGCCAUUCUUCAUCGGCGACCUUGAUUUAAUAAUAGACGUGAUUCCGGGGGACAUUGUGGUGAACGCUAUGAUGGUUGCCAUGGCAGCACAGUUAAAGGAUCAACAACCGCAGACCAUCUACCAUGUAACUUCCUCUUUACGCAACCCAGCACCCUCCGCCCUUGUUGUGGAAUCAAUGCACCGUUACUUCUUCGAAAAUCCGUUGUGCAAAGGAAGGAAUGGCGAGCAUGUCCGGAUGAAGAAGAUGAGGUUCUUCAGCACGCUCGCACAGUUGAGAUUUUACACCGCCCUCGUGUACAAGCUUCCGCUCCAGAUGCUUGGCCUGCUGAACAUUGCCCUUUGUGGUGUUUUCUCACGGUACUACAACAAGCUUAGCAGAAAAUACAUAUUCUUCAUGCAUAUGGUCGAGCUCUACGCACCAUACGGUUUGUUCAAAGGAUGCUUUGAUGACACAAACUUGGAGAGGCUAAGGAUGGCAAUGAACACGGAUCAAAAUAACAAUGGGUCCUAUUACUUGGACUUUGACCCCAAGUCCGUUGACUGGGACGACUAUUUCUACCGUGUUCACAUCCCCGGUGUGGUCAAGUAUACAUGUCAUUGAGUUAGUGUUUACAAGCGCACUUUGCUAGCCUUGAAAAAUACAAUCAUAAUGUAUAUUUCUUAUGCAACUCAUACAAAUUUAUGUAUUUUAUCAAAAAGUAAAGUGUAUGUAUCAGCUUUAUGUUGUAUC